AUGUUCAUUUUCCUCAUCGUAACUUUAGCCUUGUCACAAGACAAGACUUAUUGUGAGGUUGACACAGUUGCCACAUUAACUGAAGUCACAGAGACUUGUGUUAAAAAUGGAUGGACUGUCGAUAUAACACCGGAAGAGACUCACUUUGUCUUGUCUGAUACAAACACCAACUUGACGCUCGAGUUAUCUGGAAAUGCUAUUAACACAAUUGAUGUUGGUCUUACUGAAAUAUGUCCAAUUAAGACGUUAAUAAUAGACAACACAGUUGCUUCAACGAAUUUAUACAUCAACUUAGUUAACAUAGAAAACGUUGAUGUGUAUAUCAAUGGAACAGCAGCACCAACCACGGUAUACACUGCUGGUGUUGGUCAGUCUCUGAUCAACUUCGACUCUUUCGACAGACAAGUGCUGUUCGAUUUCGACGAGGAGAAACCAAUUUCAUAUGUUGAAGCCACUGGAUCCCUCUCCUUUGCAUUUACAAUGACAAAGGCGCCAACCUCCGAAGUCUGUGAGCCACGAAUAAUUGCGCCAAGUGAUGCUAAGCCUAUUGAAUAUAUUGAGAAUGGACGAGUCGCACAAAAGAUGUGCACAUUAAAGAACGAUAAACUUCGAUAUGGAGUCUGCCCUGAUGGAAUUGCUGUCACAGAGGAUUGCACAUGUUACUACACCAACAACAAAUUCAGUUCUCCAGAUUGUUUGCCACAAGGCGAGAACUAUGAUUUAACUGUCGAUGGUGUUCUUGUCAUUGACGAAGACGCACAUUUUAAGUCCGUGAAGUUCACUGAAGACUAUGGCCGUAUUGUAGUGAACAAUGGGGCAGUGUUGACUAUAGACAAACUGUAUGUCUCAGAGUACUUCUUGUUGUUUGGCGACGUUAAUGUCGACGAGAUGGUCGUGUCGAGUGGUGCGACUAAGAUCGAUGGUUACGGUGACAACAGACAUUUGAAAGUGAACAACGUGACGAAACUGACUGAAGGGAGAGUCUACUUCUUAAGUAACAUCGACGCGCCAACUGGACUUAAGAAGACUUGUGUUGGCAAGUUUGAGAUGGGACUGUCGAGAUAUGUAGCUACUGAUGAUGACUUAGAAUGCGAGUGUCAUUCGACUAAUGGCGAUGUUGUAGAAGAAGACUGUGUUGUAUUCAAACGAGGACCAAAUUCGCCAUAUAACCUUAUAGUAGAUGGGACUUACAAAAGUGAAGAUGACUCAUAUUGGACAAAUAUAGAUGCGACAGACAAGUCCGUCUUAAGUUCCCCUUCACUCUACUCCAAAAUAUGUAAUUUUGGAGCUCAAAUAGUUAUUGGAGGGAAAGUCAGUUGCGACAAAAUUACUGGAGAAGAUUUGACUGUAUCAGAAGAAACUAUUACAGAUACUAUACAUAUAGUAAAGAGUGAAGAAUCUGUGGGCAACACAUUUGAGUUUAAAGAGUGUUUGUUGUCGGGAGUACUUACUUUGGACAUCCCAGUCACUAUCAAUUCCGAGGUAUUAGCGAACACUACUAUACUUAAAAAAGCCACUGUUACUGCAACAGACAUAACUUUGAAGAAUGUAGUUGCUGGCAAUAAUUUGAUCACAAUCACUGAGACAUGCGACUCAGUUGUUUUAGACUCAAUUGUAAUGACGAAAACACUCACAGACACAACCGUCGACACUUUUCUUGUUGUGGACCCGGCUGAUGUCCCAUUACAAAUCACAUUAAAUGCAGUUACUGGUGAAGGUCUUGUUGCUAUCAAUAAAUACAGAGAACUUAAUGUGACUGAUUUAACACUGUCUUGUGCUAAUCAGGCGCUGACAGUAGGUACUCUUGAGUGUAACGAAAUGGGCUUGGAGACUUCUAUUUGUUAUGCCGUUGACAUUGGUGUAUUCAAUGAUGAGAAUGGGGAGAGAGUGUAUAACUGCCCAUGUGACAAUACCAUCGAGAAGUGUACUUUAGUGAUCACGGAGAAUUACAUCGCACAAAACUUUGUUGUAGAAAAGGAGCCAAGUGCUGUCAUUGUGAAAAAAGGGACUUUAGUUCUAGAAACAAAAGAGUUCAAAUUUGAUAUCUCUGCUCAGAAGGCAACAACUGGAGAUCCAAUGGUUGACGUCGACCCUAUUGUGUCGAUUUCAGGAGAGAAGAAUGUUUUGAAUAUACCAAAUGUCACAACACCACUAACUUUAUCACUUUCUUUGGCUCAAAAGAACGAUUUGACAUCUACUGGCGUUGCUCUAUUUCUUGUGGAGAAAGAUGGAUAUGUUGAAGCGACUACAGCAAGUGAGGGGUGCACUAAUUUGGCAAUAGAAGUAACUGCACAAUGCUCAGUAUGCACUGAAACGUUAGAAUUAAUUAAUGGAAAAUGUGUUGUACCAUCACAGUCAUCCUCUGCAGAGACAAGUGAAGCAUCUUCUGAAGUAUCAUCUGAUAAUUCAAGUAAAGACUCAAGCGAAACAUCAUCGACAACAUCAGAGCAAUCUAAAGGCUCUGAAAGUGCGUCGAAGAGUGAAGACAGUAAAUCUGCAUCAAGUAGUGAGAGUGGAAUGACAACUGGAUUCAUUGUUGCUAUAACCGUCCUUUCCAUAUUUAUUGCUCUCAUUUUCAUUGUUGUCGUUGUCCUUAUCACGUUGUUUGUCAUCAAGAAGUGCAAGAAGAGUAAUGCUCCAGGAGAGGCAAGCGAGAAGUCAAAGUACCAAAACCUUUAA